AUCUAUUGAAUUUUCCCUUCUGGCUGCUGUUUUCUUCUCUCUCUCUCUAAGAUUCGAAAGUGGUAAAGCUAAUACGGAGAAGGAGGAGACCAUCUCCACCCUCAAAAUACAGAGAGAUCACAAGCUUCAAGGGAUUUCCAUCUUUGCUCAAUCCCUUGAUAUUGGUGUUUCUUCUUCUCGCUCUUCUCUGUGCCUCAGCGAUCCGCGAUUCGAUUCAGCUCGAGUUUACAUUUCCGGAGUUGACAGCAAAGGUGAUCAUACUAGUUUUGAGACAGACUUCAUAGAGGGUACUUGGCACAUUUUCUUAAGAGCCAGUUAUUCCUGGAACACAUACGAAGAUGAAGAAAGUCUUCGGUCAAACUGUCAGAGACCUCAAGAGAGAGGUCAACAAGAAAGUGCUCAAAGUGCCUGGAAUUGAACAGAAGGUUCUAGAUGCUACUAGCAAUGAGCCAUGGGGUCCACAUGGAUCACUUCUUGCUGAUCUUGCUCAAGCUUCGAGAAAUUACCAUGAGUACCAGCUGAUUAUGGUGGUCAUAUGGAAACGCCUUAGCGACACUGGAAAGAACUGGCGGCAUGUCUAUAAGGCUUUGACAGUUUUGGAGUACAUGGUAGGCCAUGGGUCCGAACGUGUUAUAGACGAGAUUAAAGAACGUGCAUAUCAAAUUUCGACAUUGUCCGAUUUUCAGUAUAUUGAUUCCGGUGGUAGAGAUCAAGGAAGCAAUGUUAGGAAGAAAUCACAGAGCCUAGUGGCGUUGGUUAAUGACAAGGAAAGAAUAGCGGAGGUCAGACAGAAGGCUGCUGCUAACAGAGAUAAGUAUCGCAGCUCAGCACCAGGUGGGAUGUAUAAGCCUUCAGGAGGAUAUGGGGACAGAUAUGAUUACGGAUCCCGGGAUGAAGAGCGAAGUAGUUAUGGAAGAGAGAGAGAAUAUGGUUACAGGGAUGAUGAUAGAAAUAGUCGUGAUGGAGAUCGUCAUUCCAGAGACUCUGAAGAACGUUAUGGGAGAGAUGGUAAUAGGGAAGAUGAUUACAGGGGAAGGAGCAGAAGUGUUGAUAACUAUCAACAGGGGUCACGGGGUAGGAGUUCAGAUAGGGAACGGACGUUUGAGGAUGAUGGCCAUUCUCAGGAUGGGAGAGGGCAGCUCCAGAGGAAGUUUUCUGAACAAAAUAUUGGUGCUCCACCUAGUUAUGAAGAAGCUGUCAGUGAAUCACGCAGCCCUGUAUAUAGUGAAAGGGAUGGUGGGGAGACCCCACAAGUUGCUGCUCCAGGAGCUGCUUCUCCUCCCCCCCCGCAAGUUGCUGCUCCAGUGGCUGCUUCUCCUCCUGCUGGAAUCAGCACAGAGAAUAAAGCUGUUAGUUUUGUUAAUGAAUCAUCUCCUCAAAAAGUUGAGACUUUUGAUGAAUUUGAUCCACGUGGUGCAUUUUCAGCUACCCCUCCCACUGCUCCUUCAACAGUGGCUUCUACGUCUGCUCCUCCCACCUCAAACAGUGUUGAGGUGGACUUGCUUGGCUCCCUUUCAGACAUAUUUUCAUCAAACGCAUUGGCCAUUGUACCAGCUGAUUCCACCUCUAUAGAAACCAAUGGACAAGCAAACGCUGGUCCAGCGCCAUCGUUUUCUACAUCUCAGCCUUCAACUCAGCCAUUUGAUGACCCAUUUGGUGACUCUCCUUUCAAAGCCUUCACUUCUACUGAAACCGACUCAACCCCACAGCAGAGUUUUGGAGCUCCUUUCCAGCCACCACCACCAGCCUUCAGCUCAGAGAUGUCACAUCCUGAUACCGCUCAUAACUUUGGCUUUGGGGACUCAUUUUCCACUGUAACCAAUCCUGAUCCUGCUUCUCAGAGUGUGCAACCUCCAUCAAACUCACCAGGUUUUCCCCAAGAACAGUUUGCUACAUCUCAGAGUGAUAUUGACAUUCUUGCUGGCAUUCUCCCACCAUCUGGACCACCAGUUUCACUCCCUCAACAAUCGGGUGCCUCAGUACCAACAUCUCAGUUUCCUCCCAGUGGAAAUAACACGUAUGAUGGCUUUCAUCCUCAGCCAGUAUCUACAGCUCCAAACAUGCCUGGACAAACUCCAUUUGGGCAAGCUGCACAACCAUAUAACGUGGUUCCUCAUUCUCAAAAUAUGACUGGAGCCACGCCGUUUCACAAUGGAGGCUACAUGCACCAGCCAGGCUCAGCCAGUUACACUCCUGGAGUAGUAACUUCACACCCUACAAGCGAAAGCUUCCUUCCAGGACAGGUUGCUGCUUCUUCAUCGAGCUCACAGACUCAUUACUCUACCCCCAGUGGACCGGCUGGUCAGUUCAUGGCACACCAGGGUCAUGGAAUGCCGCCUUCCCAGGGUCCACAACGAACUCAAUCCGGGCCUGUUACUCUGCAAGGGAACAACAAUUUCAUGGGAGACAUGUUUUCACAGGCUGCACCAAACUCCUUAACGUCAUCGUCAUCUCAUCCAGAUCUCACACCUUUAACAGGAGCGAUUGAGGUUGUUCCUCCGCCUCAGAAAAAGUUUGAGCCAAAAUCAUCAGUCUGGGCAGACACGUUGAGCAGGGGGCUUGUUAACUUUAACAUAUCUGGACGUAAGAUAGAUUUCCGCCACAACAUGUGAGAAAACAAAUUUCCAGACAUAGGGGUUGACUUCGAGGCGAUCAACAGGAGAGAGAAACGCCUAGAGAAACCGACAAACACACCAGCAACAUCGACUAUCAACAUGGGUAAAGCCAUGGGAUCAGGCACUGGCUUAGGACGCGCUGGUGCAACCGCUAUGAGACCACCGCCAAAUCCAAUGGUAGGCUCUGGCAUGCCCAUGGGAGGUGGGAUGGGUGUUGGUGGAUAUGGUGGUAUGAACCAAAACCAAACCAUGGGUAUGGGAAUGAGACCCGGCAUGAACAUGAACAUGAACAUGAACAUGGGAGGAUAUGGCCAAGGCUAUCCGAUGCAACCACAAAACCCCGGGAUGGUCCCUGGUCCAAACAUGCCCGGUAACAACUACAAUCCGAUGAUGGGUCAAGGUGGUUACAACCCUCAACAAUCCUAUGGUGGUGGAUACCGGUAAGAUCAAGCCAAAACAUUACCACACUAGACUCCACUUGUAAAAUCAAGAACGGAACACUCUCGCUCCGUUCAGCUAUGUGCUUUUCUUUUUUUACCUCCGGAUAUGUAAUAUCAGUCCAUAAUAGUAGUCAGAUUGGCCAGCUGCUUCACGGAAGUACUCAGGUUACAUUAUUCAUCCCAGCAUAUUCUUCACAGUUCUUUUCACGUAUCAUUCUUUUUUCCUUUUCUUAGUAAGGACCAAAUUGAGAGCUUGUUGUGAAAUUUGUACCGGUGAAAGUGGCAAACCUCCCUCGCGUCUGCCCUUUUUGUUAUAUGCAUAUAAUUUGAUGUAUACACAUUUUUUUUUCUUUAUUUUUUUUGGGUUUCACGUAUUGAAUAUUUGUAUAACAUUUUCCAUACACGGAACAAAUAAAUCAUUUCAUUCUCUCUUUUAACA